AUGCACGUCGACCAGCUCACCGAGGAAAUGGAGAGGGCCAUGAGCGUGUCCAAGCCAGCGGGCAAGGCUGGCGGCCCGCCGUCGCCGUCGUCGUCGCAAAGCGUCACCAGCGACAGCACCAAGCCGGCGCUGCCGCCGAGCAUGGCGGCGGCCAAGGAAGACAAGGGGAGCAAGGGGAGCAAGACGGUGGACGAGGCGUGGGCGGAGCUCAACAAGUCGCCGCUCUUCAUGACGGAGCUCGAGGAAAACGACGACAUUGCGGCGCUGCAGGCGCUCAGCUACGAGGGCACGGCGCUGGAGAACGCGGCCGACUUCAAGGAACGCGGCAACGAAUGCUUCAAGGUCCGGGGCUACGUCGACGCAAAGGAGUUUUACGCCAAGGGCAUCGCCAUCCUGGCCGCCGAGGAGCGCAAGCGCGCGCGCGGCGAGCCGACGACCGACCCGGCAGGCGAGCCGGACUCGGAGGAGGAGGUGGGCCGGCAGAGGGAGAUGCUCGAGGCGCUGUACGUCAACCGCGCGGCCUGUCACCUGGCGCUCGACAACUUCCGCAGCUGCUGGCUCGACGGCGCCGCGGCGCUGCGGCUCAACCCGCGCAACGUCAAGGCGUGCUACCGCAGCGCGCGCGCUCUCCUGGCCGUGGACCGCAUCGCCGAGGCCGACGACGUGUGCGCGCGGGGGCUCGCGCUCGAGCCGGACAACGCGGCGCUCACGGCCGUGGCGGCCGACAUUGUCGCCCGGGCGCGCGAGCUCGACGCCCGGCGCAGGCGGGAGGCGGAGCGCGCGGCGCGUGACGCCCGGCGCGCAAAGCUCCUGGCCGCCGCGCUGGCGGCGCGCAACAUCCCCACGCGCUCCACGGGCCAGGCGCCCUCCGACAUGGGCGACACGCGGCUCGCCCUGGUGCCGGACCCGGACGACCCGCGCAGCACCCUGUCCUUUCCCGCGCUGCUGCUGUAUCCGCUGCGCCUCGAGUCGGACCUCGUGCAGGCCUUUAACGAGACGCACUCGCUCGAUGACCACCUGGCCUACAUGCUGCCGCCGCCCUGGGACCAAGGCGGCGACGGCGGCGGCGGCGGCGGCGGCGGCAGCGGUGGGGAAUAUGCUACCCCGGACGCGGUGUCGUGCUACCUCGAGACGCGCACCGGCGGCCUGCUCAAGAUGGGCAAGCGCGUGCCGCUGCUCAAGGUCCUGGCCACAGGCAAGAUCGACGUCGUCGACGAGGUGCUGCGCAUCUUUGUUGUGCCCGUUGCAAAGGCCGAUGGAUGGGUGGCCAAGUUCAAGGCGCAGAGGGCGGCCGAGAAGGGCGCCGCGUCGGCGUCCACGUCAUGA